CGGGGACCGUGGGAGAAGUACCGUACCGAUACCGUGGAGGGUUUCGGGAUACCGGGCGUCGGAGGUACCGGGAAUACCGGCGUUCCAGGUGCAGGCGGGGCGGGACCGCCUCCCGUCGGGGCGGGACGGACGGGGCGGUUCUCGGCGGGGUCAGCACCUGCGAGGAGGGAUCGGGAGGGGACCGGACGCACCUGCGACUCCGGACUCCGCGGCGGCAGCGCCCGAUCCCUCCGGCACCAACCGGCAGCGGCUCCGGCCAUGGGGCGGCGGGCGGGUGGCUCGGUCCCGCUCUGCCUCCUCUUGCUCCUGCUCCAGAGCGGGCAGCGGCUGUGCCAGCAGGCAGCGUCGUGCCAGCCCGGCUUCGCCGCCGAGACCUUCGCCCUGACGGUGCCGCGGGACAGCGUGGCGGCGGGACGGGCCCUGGGACGGGUGAGCUUUGUGGACUGUGGCAAGUCGCACCGUGCCGCCUUCCUCCCGGAUGACACGCGCUUCAAGGUGAGCAGGGAUGGCACUGUCACUGCCAGCCGGCCCCUGCAGCUCCAGCAGCGGGAGAUCACCUUUGCUGUGUACACCUGGGACACCGUGGGCAAGAAGCAUUCAGCCAAGGUGACCCUGCGCCAGCGGUGGCACCAGCACCGACACCACGAGCGGAUGCAGCAGGGCACAGUACCGGACAUGCUGACCUUCCCGGAGCACGGACACGGCCUCCGGCGGCAGAAGAGGGACUGGGUCAUCCCCCCCAUCAACUGCCCUGAGAACGAGCGGGGGCCCUUCCCCAAGAAGCUGGUGCAGAUCAAAUCCAACAAGGACAAGGAGACCAAGGUUUUCUACAGCAUCACGGGGCAGGGAGCGGACACCAUCCCCGUGGGUGUCUUCAUCAUCGAGAGGGAGACGGGGUGGCUGGAGGUGACAAAACCCCUGGACCGGGAGGAGAAGGAUAAAUACCUGCUCUACUCCCACGCCGUGUCGGCCAACGGGCAGCCCGUGGAAGACCCCAUGGAGAUCAUCAUCACCGUCACGGACCAGAACGACAACCGGCCCGUCUUCACCCAGCAAGUCUUUGUUGGCUACAUUGAGGAGAACGCAAAGCCGGGCACAUCUGUGAUGACGGUGAACGCUACGGAUGCAGAUGAUGCGAUCAAUGUGAACAAUGGCAUCAUUGGCUACUCCAUCCUCAGCGAGGAGCCCAAGGGUGCACAGCAGAUGUUCACCAUCAACAAGGAGAAUGGCAUCAUCAGUGUCAUUGGCACAGGACUGGACCGGGAGACCACUCCCAACUACACGCUGAUCAUCCAAGCUGCAGACCAGGAAGGCACUGGCCUGACCAACACUGCCACUGCCAUCAUCAAAGUCACUGAUGCCAAUGACAACCCUCCCGUCUUCGACCCCGCCACGUAUGAGGUGUCAGUGGACGAGAACGAGGUGGGGGUGGUGGUGGCCCGGCUGCAUGUGACAGACCAGGACCUGCCAGGCUCCCCGGCCUGGCGUGCCGUCUACCACAUCCGGAGCGGGGACCCGCAGGGCAACUUUGAGAUCACCACUGACCCCAAAACGAACGAUGGGCUCCUGAAAACUGCCAAGGUGGGUCCUGCUGCCGCGUGGCUGCCUCAGCACCAGCUGACUCCCUGCUGGCACUACCCGGCUUCUCUCUCCCACCCCCAGGGCCUGGAUUAUGAGACCCAGAACCGGUACAAGCUCGUGGUGUCAGUGGAGAACGAGGUCCCCUUCACAGUGACCCUGAAUCCUGCCACAGCCAAUGUCCUGGUGGUGGUCAGGGACGUGAAUGAAGCCCCGAUCUUCAUACCCCCAGUCAAGCAGGUGGAGGUGAUGGAGGAUGUGCCAGUGGGAUACCAGGUCACCUCCUACACAGCCCAGGACCCCGACAAGGACCAGAGACAGAAAAUCACGUAUCGCAUGGGCAGUGACCCUGCAGGGUGGUUGGCCAUUGACCCUGAGAACGGCAUCGUCACGGCAGCCCAGCCACUGGACCGGGAGUCAGCACAUGCCAUCAACAGCACCUACAAGGCCAUCAUCCUGGCCGUGGACAACGGGUCACCAACCUAUGCCACUGGCACGGGGACACUGCUCCUCCUGCUUCAGGAUGUGAAUGACAACGGGCCUGUGCCAGAGCCCCGGAGCUUCGAUAUCUGCAACCGGCAGCCCGAGGAGCAGGUGCUGAAGAUCAUCGACAAGGACCUGCCCCCCAACACCUACCCCUUCAAGGCAGAGCUGAUGCACGGCUCUGGCAGCAACUGGACUGCCAGUGUGGUGCAACCAGAUGAGGUGAAGCUGAACAUGAAGAAGGAGCUGGAGCCAGGCGAGUACAGCAUCUUCCUGAAGCUGAUGGAUGCGCAGGGCAAGGAUCAGAUCACACCAGUGCGAGCCCAAGUGUGCAGCUGUGAGGGGCCAGCCAAGAACUGCGAGCGCAGAGCGUACAUCUCCGGUGGCAUGGGCGUGCCCGCCAUCCUGGGCAUCCUGGGGGGCAUCCUGGCGCUGCUCAUCCUCCUGCUGCUGCUGCUGCUCUUCGUGAGGAGGAGGAAGGUGGUGAAGGAACCACUGCUCCCACCCGAGGAUGACAUGAGGGACAAUGUGUACCACUACGAUGAGGAGGGUGGUGGCGAGGAGGACCAGGACUACGACCUGAGCCAGCUGCACCGGGGGCUGGACGCCCGGCCCGAGGUGAUCCGCAAUGACGUGGCCCCCCCGCUCAUGGCAGCCCCCCAGUACCGGCCCCGCCCCGCCAACCCCGACGAGAUCGGCAACUUCAUCGACGAGAACCUGAAGGCGGCCGACACGGACCCCACGGCCCCCCCCUACGACUCGCUGCUGGUGUUCGACUACGAGGGCAGCGGCUCGGAGGCCACCUCGCUCAGCUCCCUCAACUCCUCCGCCUCCGACGGCGACCAGGACUACGACUACCUCAACGACUGGGGCGGCCGCUUCCGCAAGCUGGCCGAGCUCUAUGGCGGCGGCGAGGAGGACGAUUAGGGACCCCCAGCCCGCUGCUGCCACCUCAUUUCACCCCUCUGGACACGCGUUGGUCUCUGUCCGGGGUGGCCAAACCCCUCCAACCCCUCCUGAACCCUGUGGCCACGUUUCCCUCACUGAGAAAAGCUCAGGCUCACUGGGGAUGGGGGCUUUUGGGGUAGUCUGGGUGUUUCCUGGCCCCCUUGGCUCCAGGGCAUUGGAAGAGUUUAGUCCAUUCCCUAUCCUGGAACUGAGGUGCUCCCAGCUGUGGGGGGCAGGAUUGGGUCCUUCUUCCCUUUUCCAUGAGGGGAAAAAGGGUUUCUCUGGCGCUCUCCAAAAUACCUCAUGCUGCCAGCCCCACACAGGCUCAGAUCAUGAACCUAGUGAUGGAGAAGUGCAGUGAGGCACUCGAUCAACACAGACCAAAGAUGCAUCAUCACAGGGAAUUGUAUUUACUACAGUAUGUACAGGCAGAUUUCUAUUUUUCUGUACCCCAGAUUAUGGUUUGAUUUCUCCUAUGUUGUGCCAGGUGUAAUUAGCAUACAGUCAUUGAAAGGUGCUUUCCAAAAUCAAAGGGCUUUCAGAAAAUCCUGACCUCUGUGUUUAGCUGUUGUCAUGGUUUGUAUUUUUUAUCAUGGGAAAAGGGUCUGAUGCGAGCUGGGAAACCAGCAGUGGCCAAGUGUUGAUUGCAUGGUUUUUAUAUAAAAUUGAAAUAAUAAAUUGUUUUAAGAAAACCAAA